GGCGCGCUUUUUCAGCGCCUGCGCAAAACGAUGCAGAACAGAGAAGCCGGUUGAAUUGAAUUGAAUCACAGCAUCCAGCGCUGCCAGCGCUUUCAAUCGUCAAUCUCCUGUGUUCCAUCCGCCAAAGUUCUUGUGAAAAGCAGCCCGCAUUCAAUGGUGAACAACAGUUGCGGAUUGGGAGCUCGUCGCGUGCGCCUGUCGUUCGGAUCCCGCAGCCCGGAGCAAUCCUGCCGUGCUUUCCCUCGUUGCUCCCCGCCAAACACACACAAUAAAAAAAUAAAACAAUCCAAACCAUAAACCGACAACCGAAAACCGAAAUACAAAACGCGAGUGGGAGAAAAUAUAUUUCGCGCAAUCCAAUUAGCAAUUGAAGUAAUAAAUAAUAUAAAUAAUACGAGUGGCACAAGCACAUCAAGUGCAUGCAUGCAAUGCGAAUAAACAAAAAGCGGAGCAGAGCGACAAUUUUGCGAGAUGUGCGAGUGGCGUAUACGUAAUAUUGUGAUACGACCAUUAAAAAGAGGCAAAUAAUUCAGUUAAUUGAGUCGUAACUCGAGUGUAAAUGAACACAGAGCGAAGCAGAGACUCUGUGAUAACGCAGUUAAAUAUCAUGUAUAAUAAACAAAAGGAAUUCGAGUAUAAUAAUCAUAAUUUGUGCAGAGCACUUUAAGCUUUCAGCCUUUCAUCUUCUUUGCUCGCUUUUGUUUGUGCUUAUCGUAGUGAAAGUCCUUCUAUUGGCCUGGCUUAAAUAUUGAAUGGAUUUGGUCAACUUGAAAAAGCUGCAUAACAAAUCCAAUCGCAUCAACAAUUCAGCAACAGCAUCGAGAGUGCAUAAGAAUAAAGUAAACUAAGACUCAAUCCUGUUGCAAGAUGUAUAAGAAGCCAACGAACUUCAUAGUGAGCACACACACACACAUACAUGCAUUUCACACACAUGAGAGGAGCAAAAGAAAAAUGUAAUCACAAUUACAAAUGCAGGCAGCAUUUUGCAUAAUUUAUGUCAAGCACAACAACAACGGCAGCCAGUUGUGUAGUGCGGGCUGCAGGCGAUAUGCCAAAAAGGGGGCGUGGCAUAGGGAAACACAACGACACACGCUUGCAUGGCCAUAAAUAAGUGCAGGUUUAAAUACCACGGCAACAAUUGUGAAAUAUGGCAGAAUAAUAGAAAGACCAGCGAGCAUAAAAAGUAAAAUGUAUGAAAUGUAACUACAACUACGAGUAGCCCGCUGACAUGCAACAGAGCGAGCAAACAGUCGAUGCUAUGCUUGGGGGAGUGCGGAGUGCGGAGUGGGGGAAAGUGCUCGCCUCUGCACAGUGGGGCAAAUGUCAACUGGGCACAACUUUAGCAGCAAGCAGUCACCAGGGUACGCUUGUGCGAAAAAAACACAAAAACCAUUGCCAAAGGCUUUAAAUCUUAAAGGUUCAUGUGGGCCGUGCCACCUUCUCCACCUUCGCCUCCGCCUCUGCGUCCAUCCCACUGUGCAGUGUGCAUAUGGAAAAGCGACACUGGCGAAAUACAAAACAAAAGCCAAGAACAAGAACAAAAUGGGCCAAAAAGUUAUUUUAAGGACACGACGACGACGACGCUGACGAGGAAAAGUGCGCGAUUCUCGUUUUAAAAACCCAAAGUGAAACGAGACGAAAGAAAGCACUGAGCACUGAGAUUUCUCUAUACGGUGUAUGUGUGUGUGUGUGUGUGUGGGUGUGUGGGUGAAUGUGUUUCAGUAAUCUCGAAACAAUUAUGCAUACGUGCAUACAUAGAAAUCUGUGGCGCGUGAUGCUCAAAAGUAGCCCCCAAAAGCCUCGCAAAUGAAAGCGAGAAAAUGCUCAGCCAUUAGCAUAAAAAAUAAUGGCAGCUGGCAAACUGGCAAUUGGGCAUCUGGCUAGCAAGUAGCGAGUAACAACUGGCAACUGGGCAAUGGGUAAAGCCAUCAUCAUCGACCAGAAUUAAGGAAAGGGACCAACAAAAAAUAAAAAAAAAUAAAACAAAAAACAAUCUGGACAGCAAAAGUCUAUAGCAUUGGCAAUUCAUAGCCUUGAUAAUAGACACAAGAGUUUGUGUGUUUGCUUCUAUAUCUAUUUCAAUGUGUGUGAGUGUGUGGAUAUUUUCAUUUCAUUGAAGACUUAAUCCUUCCUCAACAGCCAACUGCCAACAGCCAACAGCCAACAGCCGACAAUCGACUGUCGAGAGUCAACUCAACUGGGCAAUUGGCUGCUGAAGCUGCAGCUUAUUGUUUCGCUUUUGUUUUUCAUUCAUUUGCAUGGCAGUGAGUGAAAAAGAAGGGAGUGAUAGGAAGGGGUAGAAAUGCCCUAGUGCAUAUUUUUAUGAGCAAAAUGCGAAAUGCUUUACAGUGUGCCGAGAGCGAGAACUGAUAAUGGCAGCCGGGCAAAGGCAACGGGCCAAAGGGCCAACGAAAUGAAUGAACGACCAAAAGUGAGGCCAAUAAAAAGGCGAUAAAAUUGACGCCAAUACAGACGGAGAAGAGAAGAGACAGAGAAAGAGAGCAGUCUGUGUGUGUGUGAAAGAGAAGCGUUCGAUAAGCGUGCGGGAGUGCGGAAAAGAGGACACUUCAUGUCCUGUCGGCAAAACUCAGUGCAUAAAAAGGCGAUAUAUAUUCACAUUCGCAACCUCGACGUGCUACACGUGCUGUGAACGAACAGCAGGAAAAACCAAAUAGAGACAGAGAGAGAGAGAGAGAGUGUUUAUAUUCCAACACAUCCUGACUGAGAUAGCAAUUCAAAUGCCGUGGUGAUUAAUGGGCCAGGGGCCAUUGCAGCCGGGAUGCGCAUAAUUCACGUGAGCCAAACGACGAGAUAUCGCCAGCAGCGACAGCAGCUCCAACUCCAACUCCAGCUCCGACCUCAACAACAGGUCAGUUGCUGGUCAUGGCUGAUGUUGCUACUAUUAACGUUGCUGCUGCUGCUCGGUGGCCUGGCGGCGGCCGCAGCGGCGAUGGAAUCCUCCGCCGAGCUGCAGGCGAGCUACAUUCACAAUGUCGAGUUGUUGACGCUGCCAACGAGCGGCGACGCCAUUAAGCAAAUGCCAAGCAAUUACAAUUCCAACACGAAUUCCAAUUCCAAUUCCGACUCCAAUUCCAACUCCGACUCCGACUCGAAUGCGUUUGUUGGCGGGUCAAUUAGCAGUGAAACACAUCGCAACCGUCCAGAGCCGCACGUCAACUGGAAAAGUGCGAGGACGAAAGUGAAGCGAAGGCAGCGGCUCAAUUCGCACAGCAAUUUGCCCACCAUCAAUGCGGGACUGGGGGGCACAACGAAUCUCAGCAGCUGGCAGCAGCAGCGCUAUUUGAAAGUGAACCAGGUGUUUGAGAGCGAACGUCGCAUGUCGCACGACGAGAUUCAGCGCAAUCAUGGCAAAAUUGUGCUCCUCGGACUCUUUGAGCUGUCCACGAAACGAGGACCGAGGCCGGAUGGGAUCAGCGAACUGGGAGCUGCCAAAAUGGCUGUGGAGCACAUUAACCGCAAGAAAUUGCUGCCUGGUUACACACUCGAGCUGGUGACCAACGACACCCAGUGUGAUCCGGGGGUGGGCGUGGACCGCUUCUUUCAUGCCAUCUACACACAGCCCUCGACACGCAUGAUGAUGCUGUUGGGCUCCGCCUGCUCGGAGGUCACCGAAAGCCUAGCCAAGGUGGUUCCCUACUGGAACAUCGUGCAGGUCUCCUUUGGCUCUACAUCGCCAGCAUUGAGCGAUAGACGCGAAUUCCCGUACUUCUAUCGCACCGUGGCUCCCGACUCCUCUCACAAUCCGGCGCGCAUUGCGUUCAUCCGUCGCUUUGGCUGGGGCACGGUGACGACAUUCUCUCAGAACGAUGAGAUCCAUUCGCUGGCUGUCAACAACUUGGUCACCGAGCUGGAGGCGGCCAACAUUUCCUGCGCUGCGACAAUCACAUUUGCGGCAACCGAUUUCAAGGAGCAGCUGCUGCUCCUAAGGGAGACGGACACACGCAUCAUUAUCGGCAGCUUCUCGCAGGAAUUGGCACCCCAGAUCCUGUGCGAAGCCUACAGGCUACGCAUGUUUGGUGCCGACUACGCCUGGAUUCUGCACGAGAGCAUGGGAGCGCCUUGGUGGACGAACGAGAAAUCACCUCACCACUGCACUCCCCACGAGCUACAAUUGGCUGUGGAGAAUCUGAUAGUUGUGACGACGCACAACAGCAUCGUGGGAAAUAAUGUGAGCUACAGUGGACUGAACAAUCACAUGUUCAACUCACAGCUGCGUAAACAAUUUUCCCAAUUUCCCGACGAGGACCACAGGCGAGGAGCACCACAAUCGGAUUUGCGGGCACAAAAGAGGCAGCGGCAGCGGCAGCGCAAGAGGCGUGGCACGUCCAGCCAUUUGCUGCCCGAGGCCAUCUCCCGCUAUGCACCGCAAACAUACGAUGCCGUGUGGGCCAUCGCCUUGGCUCUGCGUGCUGCCGAGGAACAUUGGCGCCAGGAUGCGGCUCAAUCGAAGUUGGACGGCUUCGAUUACACGCGCAGCGACAUGGCCUGGGAGUUUCUGCAGCAGCUGGGCAAGCUGCACUUCCUCGGCGUAUCAGGCCCCGUCUCUUUCAGUGGGCCAGAUCGCGUGGGCACCACGGCCUUCUAUCAGAUCCAACGCGGCUUGCUGGAGCCCAUCGCUCUCUAUUAUCCGGCCACAGAUGCACUGGACUUUCGCUGCCCCCGCUGUCGACCGGUCAAGUGGCAUAGUGGCCAGGUGCCGAUAGCGAAGCGUAUCUUUAAGCUGCGUGUAGCAACGAUUGCACCCCUGGCAUUCUACACAAUUGCGACGCUCUCCAGCGUGGGCAUCGCUCUGGCCAUUGCCUUUCUCGCCUUCAAUCUUCACUUUCGCAAGCUCAAAGCAAUUAAACUUUCCAGCCCGAAGCUGAGCAACAUCACCGCAGUGGGCUGCAUCUUCGUUUAUGCCACCGUCAUACUGCUGGGCCUCGACCACUCGACGCUGCCGUCGGCGGAAGACUCCUUUGCAACGGUUUGCACGGCACGCGUGUAUCUGUUGUCGGCUGGUUUCUCGCUCGCCUUCGGCUCCAUGUUCGCCAAGACAUAUCGGGUGCACCGCAUUUUCACACGCACUGGCAGCGUGUUCAAGGACAAAAUGCUGCAGGACAUCCAGCUAAUUCUGCUUGUGUGCGGCCUGUUGCUUGUCGAUGCUCUCCUCGUCACUCUUUGGGUCGUCGCCGACCCCAUGGAACGACAUUUGCAUAAUUUGACACUCGAAAUCAGCGCCAUUGAUCGGAGCGUUGUCUACCAGCCGCAGGUCGAAGUAUGUCGCUCCCAACACACACAGACCUGGCUGAGUGUCCUCUACGCCUACAAGGGUCUGCUGCUCGUCGUGGGCGUCUACAUGGCCUGGGAAACGCGUCACGUUAAGAUUCCCGCUCUCAACGAUUCGCAGUACAUCGGCGUGUCGGUCUAUAGUGUGGUCAUCACCAGUGCCAUUGUUGUGGUCCUGGCCAACCUCAUAUCGGAGCGUGUCACGCUCGCCUUCAUUACGAUAACUGCUCUCAUUCUGACCUCGACAACGGCCACGCUCUGUCUGCUGUUCAUACCGAAGCUACACGACAUCUGGGCACGCAACGACAUCAUUGAUCCAGUCAUACACAGCAUGGGCCUCAAGAUGGAGUGCAACACGCGUCGCUUUGUGGUCGACGAUCGACGCGAACUUCAGUAUCGCGUCGAGGUUCAGAAUCGUGUAUACAAAAAGGAGAUUCAAGCACUUGAUGCGGAGAUUAGAAAACUCGAGCGGCUGCUCGAGUCUGGCCUGGGCACCGCUUCGACCACAACCUCGUCGUCCACUUCGCUACUGACGGGUCACGCUCAUCUCAAACCGGAAUUAACAGUCACUAGUGGCCUCUCCCAGCCCAUGACAUUGCCCAACAAAUCCCGCACGCCAAGCAUUUCGGGUAUUCUGCCCAAUCUGCUGCUCUCGGUGCUGCCUCCAGUUAUUCCUCGUGCCAGCUGGCCAUCGGCAGAGUACAUGCAGAUCCCAAUGCGACGCUCGGUCACCUUUGCCUCGCAGCCACAGCUGGAAGAGGCAUGUCUGCCUGCCCAGGACUUGAUUAAUCUGCGGCUGGCGCAUCAGCAGGCCACCGAGGCCAAGACGGGACUCAUCAAUCGCCUACGUGGCAUCUUCUCGCGCACGGCAAGCAGCAACAAGGGCUCCACUGCCAGCCUGGCCGAUCAGAAGGGUCUUAAGGCGGCCUUCAAGUCGCACAUGGGUUUGUUCACCCGCCUGAUUCCCUCCUCACAGACGGCGUCGUGCAACGCCAUCUACAGCAAUCCCAAUCCUGUUGAAGGCGGUAGCAGCGGCCUGGCCAUCGAGAGCAGCUCCAAUGGAUCUCACCUGAAGCCCAUGCAUCGCGGUUCGCUGACAAAGAGUGGCACUCAUCUCGAUCAUCUGACCAAGGAUCCCACUUUCUUGCCUAUUCCCACCAUCUCUGGCGAGCGCUUCGAUCUGCAGCCCGUCGCCGAGCAGGACGCGGACGGUGGCAAGUACGUGAAGCUGGCCGAGACCAAGGUAAACUUUCAGUUGCCUAGCAGUCGCCGUCCUUCGAUGGUGCAGCCAGCACCGAGCUUAAGGGAGCGUGUGCGCGGCUCGCCCCGUUUUCCCCAUCGCAUUCUGCCCCCUACUUGCAGUCUGAGUGCAUUGGCCGAGUCGGAGGAUCGCUGUGGCGGUGACUCGCAAGCAUCCACGAUUGCAGGCAGCUGCAAGUCCAUACCACGCAUAUCACUGCAGCACGCCACAAGCGGUGGUAACUGGAAGUCCAUGGAGACGGCGGCCAAGUCGCGACUCUCGCUGGACUCGGAGGAGCCACCAAACGGCAAGACCUCAAAUGGGGUGGCCUAAGAAUAGUUCCGACUCCUUCUCCUAAAUUUCCCAACACAACCACAGCCAGAACAACCACCUAGCAUUUCCGCCCAAUAUCCUUGUCAAUUAGAAGUGAACACCAAGCAAUUAUUUUCGACACGCGGCUCGUCCUCCCCCGCCCCGCCCAGGGCAACGUUGCCUGGGGAAUCGCGCGUGUGCAACUGACCAAUCAUCGGCUUAAAGCAAUCAAACGCAUUAGGAUAACAACGCUAGUUAAGUUACGAUACUCGUAAUCCUUGCCCUUGCCUCCUCUUCAAGUAGCUAGUCAUCGUCCCCCAGCGCGCCUCUUUAUUGUGAUUGCCCCCAAAAAGUUAAUCCUAGAGUUUCUCUCUCUUCAUAGGCUAAGUAGAAGACUUUUGCUGCAUUAGUUGCAUAAAUCGUAAGGCUCCAUAAUUUCGAUUAUUAAUUCUGUUUAUUCUCUCAUUCUCUGUCUCUGUCUCUCUUUAUCUUGUGUGCCAAUCGUUGUCGUCUUCGUGGUGGUUUUGCCCCCAUCUACGGUAUCCAGUGAGCAAUACAACAUAGUUCCAUAGGGUUAGUCGAGCACAAUACUCGUAUGAUUAAUUAUCCAGCCAGUGCAUUAGGGUUCCCAUCUCCACAUCCAUCUCGUGAUGCAUAGGGACGCGUUGCCACCAAACAAACAAUAUACAUACAUACAACUAUAUAGAAUACUAAGUAAAUAUGUGUAUGUGUAUGUCUCUCGAUUUGUUGUAGCCAAUAAACAAUAAACAAAAUAAACUCGUAGCUGUAGUCGUAGUUUGUACUCGUAACUCGUAGUCGAGAGCCAGCUCAAAACUAGCAUAAGUGUUUUCAGUUUCGGUUUUAGCAUUGUAAUCCAAUUCGACCCGCUCUAACUUUCAAUCAAACCCACCUCUUCUUCCCCCCAGUCUCUCUCUUUUUCCCCAUAUUUCGAAAUAACGUCAAUAAAAGCGAAAAAAAGCAGAACUGCGCUGCCAAAAAAGUAAUGAUUAAUUAA